GGGCGCCUGCCUGGCAGCCCCUCCGCGCCGUAUGGGCCGGGCUUGGAGGCGGGGAUUCGCCAGGCCCGGCCCCGAGAGCGCUUCACCUGCAGUUCAGAGCGGCUGCGAGGGAGAUUCAGGAGGGGGCAGCCGAGGAGGAGGACGCCGGCGAGCGAGCGAGCCAAGCGGCGAGGAACCACCGCGGCAGCCGGGCAACGCCGGAGGAGCAAGGCAGGCGAGGCAGCCACGCACACGGCCAGGAGGGGAAGGGGACCCGGCGCCGGGGCUGCCCCGCUUGGGCCACGAAGAAGGACCAGCGAGGCAGAGAGAGAGAGAAAGAGAGAGAGAGAGAGACAGAGCCGCCCGGCGCGGGAGGAAGCGGCGAUGCCCGGGCGCUCGGGGAUGCUACUUCUCUGGCUCUUUGGCUGCUGGAGCUCGGCCAGGGCACACAAUGGGGAUCUUACAGUCAGACCCACUUGCAAGCCUGGCUUCUCGGAAGAUGAUUACACAGCGCUCGUUUCCCAAAACAUCAUGGAGGGGCAGAAGUUACUCAAAGUGAAAUUUAGCGGCUGCUCGGAGAGCAAGGGAAUUCGAUAUGAAACUGACAACUUGGACUUCAAGGUGAGGACCGAUGGAACUAUCUACACCACCAAGCAUGUGCAUAUCCCCUCGGAGCAAACUAUGUUUAUGGUGACGGCAUGGGACCACCAGUCCCUAGACAGAUGGGAAACAGUGGUCAGGUUACUGGUGAUAGAGAAAUCACAACACAAGGGACGCAAGCAGAAAGGAAAGAAGAACAUGUCAGCAGAUCUGCUGCAACAGCCAAGUGACACGCUGCUACCGUGGCGCCAUCACCAGAAUCCUCAUGGGCUCAGGCGGCAGAAGCGAGACUGGGUUAUCCCACCAAUCAAUGUGCCAGAAAAUUCAAGAGGACCCUUCCCUCAGCAGCUGGUUAGGAUUCGUUCAGAUAAAGACAGUGAGAUCCAUAUACGAUACAGCAUCACAGGAGUGGGAGCUGACCAACCACCUAUGGAAGUCUUCAACAUCGACCCUGUGUCUGGGAGAAUGUACGUGACCCGCCCAAUGGAUAGAGAAGAAAGAGCAUCUUACCAUCUUCGAGCACAUGCAGUCGACAUGAAUGGAAAUAAAGUGGAAAACCCCAUUGACCUCUACAUCUAUGUUAUUGACAUGAAUGACAACCGGCCAGAGUUCAUAAACCAAGUUUAUAAUGGAUCUGUUGAUGAAGGAUCUAAACCAGGAACCUAUGUGAUGACCGUGACAGCAAAUGAUGCAGAUGAUAGCACCACAGCCAAUGGGAUGGUGAGGUACCGAAUUGUGACGCAAAGCCCGCAAAGCCCAUCACAGAAUAUGUUUACCAUUAACAGUGAGACAGGAGACAUUGUGACAGUGGCUGCUGGACUUGACAGAGAGAAAGUUCAACAGUAUACAGUCAUCGUUCAGGCCACAGAUAUGGAAGGAAAUCUUAACUUUGGUCUCUCAAACACAGCGACGGCAAUCAUUAUGGUGACAGAUGUGAAUGACAACCCACCCGAAUUCACCGCCAGCACCUAUUCUGGAGAAGUUCCAGAAAACCGAGUGGAGGUAGUGGUUGCCAAUUUGACAGUGAUGGAUAGAGAUCAGCCUCAUUCUCCUAACUGGAAUGCCGUGUACCGGAUUAUCAGUGGAGACCCUUCUGGACAUUUCACCAUCAGGACCGAUCCCAUUACCAACGAAGGCUUGGUAACCGUUGUGAGGGAAGUUGACUAUGAGAUGAACAGAGCUUUCAUGCUGACAGUGAUGGUAUCUAACCAAGCUCCUCUGGCCAGUGGGAUCCAGAUGUCUUUCCAGUCUACAGCUGGGGUCACCAUUUCUGUGACCGAUGUCAAUGAGGCUCCCUACUUCCCAACGAACCACAAGCUCAUCAGGAUGGAGGAAGGAGUACCAACAGGGACAGCAUUAAUGACCUUUUCAGCAGUGGAUCCUGAUCGCUUCAUGCAGCAAGCUAUAAGAUACUCCAAGCUGUCAGAUCCUGCAAACUGGCUGAACAUUAAUGCCACAAAUGGUCAGAUCACCACUGCCGCUGUCCUUGAUCGUGAGUCAGCCUACAUUAAGAACAAUGUCUACGAGGCCACGUUCCUGGCAGCUGACAAUGGUAUCCCUCCAGCCAGUGGCACUGGCACACUCCAAAUUUAUCUAAUUGACAUCAAUGAUAAUGCUCCUGAGCUUCAGCCAAAGGAUUCACAGAUCUGUGAAAGGCCAAACCUGAAUGUCAUCAACAUCACAGCCGCCGAUGCUGACAUCGAUCCAAAUGUUGGGCCCUUUGUCUUCGAGCUGCCAAGUGUGCCAUCUGCCAUUAGGAAGAACUGGACCAUUACCCGGCUAAAUGGUGACUAUGCUCAACUCAGUUUACGAAUAUCGUACUUGGAAGCUGGUGUAUACGAUGUUCCCGUCAUUGUAACAGAUUCAGGAAACCCCCCGCUGUUUAACAUGUCCAUCAUUAAGGUCAAGGUGUGUCCAUGUGAUGAGAAUGGAGACUGUACCACCAUUGGUGCGGUUGCUGCAGCUGGGCUGGGAACCGGAGCCAUUAUUGCCAUCUUGAUAUGCAUCAUCAUCUUGUUAUCUAUGGUUUUACUGUUUGUAGUAUGGAUGAAACGCAGGGAAAAGGAGAGGCACACAAAACAGCUUCUCAUUGAUCCAGAGGAUGAUGUGCGUGACAAUAUUCUGAAAUACGACGAGGAAGGAGGUGGAGAAGAAGACCAGGAUUAUGAUUUAAGCCAACUGCAGCAGCCAGAGAACAUGGAUCAUGUUAUGAACAAAGCAAAUGGAGUCCGACGAGUAGAUGAGCGACCUAUUGGCGCUGAGCCCCAGUAUCCUAUAAGACCUGUAAUCCCCCAUCCUGGGGACAUUGGGGAUUUUAUUAAUGAGGGCUUGAGAGCAGCAGAUAACGACCCCACGGCUCCUCCUUACGAUUCCCUUCUUGUCUUCGACUACGAAGGAAGCGGUUCGACAGCAGGGUCCGUCAGUUCACUCAAUUCCUCGAGCUCCGGAGACCAAGACUACGACUACCUGAACGACUGGGGGCCAAGGUUCAAGAAACUGGCGGACAUGUACGGGGGCGGCGAGGAUGAUUAAACUGACCUCACAUUAUUGUUUUGCAAAAGAGGAAAGCUAUAGCAUUAGAAGAAGUUGUUGAUGAUGACGAUGACGAUGAUGAUGAUGAAAAAGAAGAAGAAAAGAAACCCAACAAGGAAAAAGAAAGACAAAAGGAAUGAAAAGAGGGAAGGAGAUGGAGAAGAACCAAGAACUGUACAGAAGUGGCAGCUUUUUAAAAUUAAUAUCCUCUGCUGACUGUAUUCCUUUUAGUGGUGAUUUAGAAAGUUUCUUUUUCUGUUAUUUCCUUUCUUUCUUUCCUGUUCUCUUUCUCUCUCUUUUUUUUAAAAAAAAGAACUUCGAGCUGUCUAGCAUGAACACUCGUCUCUGCUGCAUUUGUGGGGUUUUUAAUUGUUUUUUCCCCUUGUGUCAGCAGGGAUACUGCUUGUUCUAUCCACUUUAUGACUAUAAAGGGAGUGAAAGGCACUCUGUCUUAACUUGAAUUUCUUAGAACAGAAGCACUGUUUUUAAAAUAUAUAUAUAGAUAUAUAUAUUUGAAAGUGCCUUUUGGUACAUGUAUCAGAUUCCCUCAAUCUCAGGAGUGUUCAAAAGAAACAAACCGAAAUUUACGUUUCCACCAACUUGGACACCACACUCUAUGACCCUAAGCCAGUGCUAGCUGGGAAAGUAUUAACAAAAAACAGGAACUAUGGAAUGGUUUCUCCUAUGGGCCUUUUUUCCUAAAAAAUAAUAAAUAAAUUACAAAAAGUGGGAGAGGUAUUUCUGGGUGGGAGGGAAACUGAAGAAACAAGGCGCUUAGCACACAACAACAGUUGCUAAACCGCUGUCUUUUGGCCUGAUCAAAUGGUGAACUGAGUGCACCUGUUGUAUAUACAAUUCAUUGUUUAUCCGAUGCAAAAUAUUUGCCUGGGUUUUCUCUUGUGACCUACGUCACAUGUGAUGUAGCUGCAUAGAACUAUAGCGUUGGUAAGCCUUUGGUAACUACAAUACAGGAAGACCUUGCGUAUGCCCUACAGGAAAUGAAGACAAGACCAAAGGCCACUUGUGUGAGAGAGUUGUCUUUUUGCUCUUUCUUUCUUUCUUUCUUUCUCUCUUUGUUCCUAGUCCCCUCCACCUGCUGAGUUCUGUCUGUCACGGUUCUGUGUUUCUAUGAAACGUUCAUUGUGAUGAAUUUUGAAUGUGAAAUUCUGACUGAAGAUUGGGAAUGCAGCCCUUGGGCAUUUGAAGAAAUGGUUUCGGCAAAGCUGUGUAAACUCUCUCCCCAGAUCCUCAAAAGCAGUGGCACAAAACAUAGGUUUCGGCAGUCAGUGUGUGGCUCAUUGAACCCUAUUCUGUGGGUCUUAACUUUUGUUUCAUGGUCUUGAGUUGCACUGUGUACAGCCCAGAGAUAAUGUUUUGUUGCCUAUAUGUUAGCUUAAACAGAAGCUUUGCCCCUUCCUAUUACUGUUCUGUGGAAAGGGGACGAAGCUAAGCACAAGCGAAAUGUACAUACAAUCCAUUUGUGGAAUGAACAGGGAGUGAAUUCACUCAACCCAGAAGGUGCCCAUCUCCAUUUCCAAAAGCUUCAAAAGUAGAGGGAACUUCCAUGGACGAGCUUUGAGUGCCAUAAGAACUGGUGCUUUGAGAACUUAAAAUAGCUUGGAUGGCAUUUCAUCCACUCAAAACAGGUUCAGCAGAGGAUGUUUUCCCAUGGUUAUAUGUAAUGUUCCCUGGUGAUGGAUAAGAUGGGACCAAUUUGGAAUGAUGUAUCACACACUUUCCUAUUUCAGUGCACGCAGUCUGUUCUAUGAUAUUGUGAUAUUAGCCAGGAAAAUGAAUGAACCUAAUUGAAAAGCACAUGCAGACUGAUAGGACAUAAUGAGGAAUCUAAUGCCAGAUUUAUUUGACCGUGUAUUAACAUCUUACUUCAUUGUAAGAAACUGUACUUGAGUUUUUUUGUGAGGGUCAUAACUCCCAAAGUGAGAUGCAUAUCAAGGUUGGCCCAAGAAACGUGUCUAUCCCAAUCAAUAGCAGUGUGUGUGAUCCAAGCAGUGUGCCACAAGAUCCUCUACAAGGAGCCUUAGAAACGCUUUUUAAUCACACAUUGCUAUUGUCACUCCCUAAGCAACCUUUUUGGUGGUUGAAUAGUCAGCCCAGUCCUGGUCCAAUUCUCGCAUUACUAUUUUUUAAAUAGUCAUGGUAAAACCUCAUCAGAUAGAUAUUUUUCUGUCAUACAAUGAGCUUUCAUUCUGGAUGCAAUUCACAGGAAGACCACUGUAAGCUAAUACUGUAUAGAAUAUGGGAUACACCAAAUCUGCCUUGUGGAGAGGAGCCUUCAAAAAGGACAGUCCAUGGCACAGGUACAAUGGGGGGAAGGUCACCUUGAAGUAAACAUACUGCAUUUUUUUAAAAAGACAGUUUGUCCCUUCAACAAACUAAAGAUGAAUCUCUUGGUAGCUGACUGUAUUUGCCCUUGGCCAAGGAAGAAACCGGCCAAAUGAAAGGAAGAAAGCGUAAAUGCAUCAGAUAAGAAUCCCCAAGAAAGCAAAGAGAGACACACAGAGAGAUUACCUCAUUGAUCCUCCAUACUUUCAGUCAAAGUGAAAGAUGUAUCAGGUAAACCUUGUGUUCUGGAGGCACUACUAAUGGGAAGCCAGCUAUCCUUCCUGUUGGUCUAAUUUAGGCUCUGAGGACUCAGUUCAGUGAUAGUCCCGCUAUAUUUUUUGCACAUAAGGUUGUAGGUUCAGUCUUUGGCCUCCUCGGUUAAAUGCACCUCAGGAAAACAAAAGGCCGAGAAAGAUCUCUGCAUGACAAUAAGGAGAAUUGCUGCCACAGUCAACAGCACUAUAUAGUCUGAAGGCAGCAUUAUGAUUCAUAUGAUAUCCAUUAGCUGAGGUUGAAGAAGAGACCAUUUUUCCUUUGGAAACAAUCUGUACCUCCUUAGAAUAAACCACCUUACACAUUCUAAGAAACAUUGGUCAUAGUGUUGGGUGAAGAGUGCUAUGGACAUGGUUGGUAUCCAUGCCACUGUAGGAAAGAAGCACUAUAUUUACUGUAUUUUCCAGACAGUAGCUCUAUCAAGUUGUCAUAAGUUAAAAGGGUCUCAGCUAUGGCUCCCUGGACCAUAAGCAUAGUGGAGAUUUUGCCUAGAAAACACUAUGAGAGAUGAAGCAUGCACUUGUGACUGCUCUCUUACAACUUGUGCAAAUCAAGAUUUCCUUCCGCAUAAAAAGGUGGGCAAACACACAAACACACACCAGGUCCUUGACCAUUCUUUGGCCAGUAUUAGCAUCUUUUGACUAUCAUUAGCCAAAGUGAACCAACUGUAUGCAAGCCAACCUAUGUGCGUCCUGAUCAAUAGGCACCUGUAUGUAUAAUCGGUACCUACUGGAUAAGCGAAGACAGCCAGAGGUAUAAAUGAGUACCAUGUGAUUAACGUGUGUAAAUGUGGACAAUUAAGCCAGAGUUAUUUGCUGCACCCUGAUGGAACCUCUCUAUAAUCAAGGGUAGCAUACUACCUAGUUUGUACGUAGGGUCAGUAUUUUUAAAAUAAAACCAUCUAGGUUCUGUACUUCUUUUCUGUUAAAAACAAAGUUGUUCUCUCCCUAUCCCUUUUCAUGAUUUGGACUAGUGGGGUUUACGUCUAAUGUUUGUACAAUUAUUUAGAUUGCAUGGAUGUGUAAUGUACAAAAUCACAUUUAAUGGAUUAUGAGCCACUUAAUUGUGCUAUGAAACCUUGGAUUAUCUAUUAUUUUCUUUUAAAAAAAAACAAAAAAAAGCUGUUCUCUAGCAGGUUUAAGAGAAACAAUGUAGACGUGCUUAGGUAUUGUUUUCUUUCAAUCCAAGAGUCCGCACAGUUUUAAAAGAAACGGUUUUUGGUUAUCAACAAGAAAUGGGGUUGACCAUGCCUUUUCCUCCUUUAUUGUUUCAUCUUUUCUCCCCACCCCUCCCUCCUUUUUUCCCCCCUUUUUUUGGGUCAAUAUACAAAUUGAUUCUCAUUUUGAAGUUGAGAAAGGGAGGGGAAGGGGAAUGAGCGUGGAGAAAUGUACUUCAAAUGGAUGUUGUUCAGAGCGUAUUAGAAUGCAGGCUCCUUUGUCUAUAGACUUUGAAAAUGCUCCUCGCGCAUUUUAUAUUUCAUUGUAUCAUAUUUUCUAUAAAACGCAAUUUCUGUAAAUUAA